CCAGCAUCUGGGUGCUGCCGGGAGCUGUAGUCUGCAUCAGGUCCUGGCAGACUACGCUUCCCAGAAGGCUGCGAGGGAACGGAAAGGAAUGGCUGGGCCUUCCUCAGCCGGGGGGAGAGCUGGGGCUGGUAGGAGGUUGGUGUGGAUGUGAGCAAUGCUGUCAGACCCCUGGGAGCUGAAGGUGCUGCUCAGGUGAACCUACAAACAAACUUGCCCUGAGCAAAGGAAAACAGACUUUCUGCAAUGGCUGCAAAACCCAAGAAAAGUUUAAGAGGUUCCAUUGAUGACGUGCUGGGUGACCUCCUGGGAUAUGAUGAUGAAGGCCCUGCUAAAUCUUCCCAACCCGCUGGUGUCAGCAGUGGGAGAGCCCAGGGCAGCAGCUUGAAGGCCAGUAAGAAGUCAUUUCUGGAGGAUGAUUUCUUUAGCAAGCUCCCUGCAGAGGACAUGGAAGCUGCAGAGGAAUCUAGUAUCUCUGAUGCAGACCCACAAGCUGUGCUGCAAACCCUGAAGGAAAUGGAUGACAUGGAAGCUGAUCUUCUGGGAAUGUCAAAACCCAGUUCUGGGCUGGGAAAGGCAGCUACAAAAGGCCCAGAGAAAUGUAACAUCUCAGAAGGAGCAGUAAAAACUUCAGGGAAGAUGCCAGCUCCUGAGAAAGGAGAAUCUGCACCUGAGACGGAUAAGAAACCACUCUCAUCCCCACCCGCUUCCCGACAGUACAAGAAAUUUAACUUUGAAGAUGUAAACGAUCCUUUGGCUGGGCUUUUAUCUGAAGAAGAGCAGGAUGUUCCCAAGAAGCCACCUCCAAAAGGCAGUGAAGGAAGUCCGGAGAAGAAAACAGAACUGGGCAAAGAGAAAGAGCCACUCCCACCCCAGACACCCCUUCACACUACAGCCUCAGCCCGGCGAAGAGAGGAGCUCACAUUUGAAGAUGAUGAUGAUGACCUGAUGGAUGUGCUGGGAUUUGGUGAUGGCCAAAAAGGAAACCAGAAGCAGGGAAAGAAGAUGGAAGACAGAGAGGAGGUGCGUCCGGCCCGCUCCAAGCUGGAUGAGUUACUGGGACGAGGCUCCAUCACCAAAAUCCUGGAACGGCCGGGUGCAGGAGAGCACAGAGAGUUCAAACUGGAUAAGAAGUACCAAAAGCAGCCAGAGAAGGAAGAGGGUUGGGACGAGGAGGAUUUUGUCUUUGGAGCUUACCAGCCCACAGUGGCCACCACGCCUGAGGGCCGUCCCUCCAGGAGGCAGUCUGUGAGCAGGUUUUCAGCCGAGAACAGCAGUGAACCAAAACCAGACCCACACUCCAAACCUCCUCCUGCAGCCAGCCAGAGCCCUGCACGGGGCAGCAGGGCUGGGGGUGACUGGCUGGGCCUGAAGGAUGAGGAUUUUUUGGAUUCAGAACCUCCAUCUCCAACUAAGACCAGUCCUGUGGUGAGCUCCCAGCAGCUCAUGGCUACAGAAGAAGCAACGUCCAAACCCAACCAACUGGAAGAGGAUAACUGGCUGAGUGCUGCCUUGUCUCGCAAGAAGGCCCAAGCUCAGGUGAAGGCUCAGAAGAGAAGUGCUGAGCCCCUGGAGACCCCAGGCAAAGGGCUGGACCCCAGCCCUCCUGUCAGACACCCUCUGUGGGAGAGGUGUCCUGCAGAAAGCAGCUGUGUGGGUGAGAUGGAGGAAUGGGGAGAGCCAGUAGCCAACGCUGGUCAGUUUGACCUGGGACUCUGUAACAGAGAGGGAAUGCAGCUCUAUAGGAACACCUUUAAACCUAAGACAUGCCACGCAGGACACAGGCACCCAGUCCCUUGGCUCAGUACUGUGACACAAGCUUCAGUUCACCCAUCAGAGCCUGCAAAGAGGGAUCCCCUGAGAGAUGCCAGCCACAUCGGCCCUGCAGCAUCAUCCCCAGCAGAGCAAGGGAUACAGGGCCCUGCCUCACUUACUCAGGUUACCAUUCCCAGCACACCCCUCCAAGCUGCCUCGCAGCUCCAGGCUGAAUCCCCACCUCUGGGCUCAGUACAUGAGAGGAGGCCAGCAGCUCCCACAGUCCAGCCCUACGAGGAUGCAGCAGGCUGUCAGGCAGCACUGCUCAGUGCCCAGGCCCGUGUGGCAGAGCUGGAGAGCCAGGUCCGCAUGUUGGAGCUGGAGCGGACACAGCACAAAUUGUUGCUGGAGAGCCUUCAGCAGAGGCACCAGGAGGACCUGGAUCUUCUUGAGAGUGCACACAGGAGCCGGGUGAAGGUGGUGGAAGAGACUUAUGGGCAACGGGAGGAAAGGCUGCGGCGGGAGAAGGAGCAGCUGGAGGCUCAGCUGCUGUCACAGAGCCAGGAUGCAGAACGGGCCCGGGCAGAUCUGGUGGCACAGCAUAAACAGCGUGUGGCCACACUGGAGCAGCAGAGUGCCCAGGAGCUGGAGCGGCUGCGAGAGCUGCAGAGGUCGUCUGUUCAGGAGAUGCGCAAAGACCAUGAAGAGCAGCUCCAGCGGCUGAAGCGGCUGAAAGACCAGGAGAUCGAUGCAGUGACCAGUGCCACUUCACACACCAGGUCUCUGAACGGUGUCAUCGAGCAGAUGGAAAGGUUCUCCAGUGAUCUGCACAACCUCUCGCACAAGGUGGAGGCCACACACCACACCACCUCCCAGGAGCUGGCCAUGGGAGCUCGGCAGCGGGAUGAGCAGCUCAAGGUGCUCCAGGACAGGCUGUCACAGCAGCAGAGGGACAUGGAAGAGGAGAGGAGCCGACUCCAGGAGGUGAUUGCCAAAAUGGAGGCCAGGCUCAGUGAGCAGACUCGGCUGCUGGAGCAGGAGCGAUGGAGGGCGACGGCAGAGCAAUCCAAAGUGGAGUCUCUGCAGCGCUCCCUGGAGGAGCAGCGGCGAGUCAUGAGCCAGCAGCUCUCUAUGGAACGGGCAGAACUGGAGAGGGCAAAGAGUGCUUUGCUGGAGGAGCAGAAGUCAGUGAUGCAGAAGUGCUCAGAGGAGCGCCGGAAGCUGGCCGUUGAAUGGGCUGAAUUUCACACCCAGCAGCAGCUUAGCAAGGAGCGGAUGGAGCGCGACAUUGACCGAGCCCUGCAAUUGGACUCCCAAAGGGAGGGCACCAUCAUCAGCCUAGCCAAGGAGCAAGCAGAGCUGAAGAUACGGAGCCGUGAGCUGAAGGUCAAGGAGGAGCAGCUGGCAAGGGACAGAGAGCUGCUAGAUGAGGCCUGGCAUGAGCUGAGGCUGGAGAAGGAGAAGGUGAAAGGGGCUGCACUGCGCAUCCGGCAGCAGGAGGAGGAGAUCAAGAACGUGAGCAAGCUCUCAGCACAGAAGUAUGAGGAAGGGGAGCGAGCCCUGCAGGAUGCAUGUAGGAUAGAGUCUGAGCACCAGGCCAGGCUGCAGGUCAUGCAGCAGCACUUGGAGCAGCUCAAGCAGCAAGAACAGCACCUGCAACAGGAGAGAUUGAGCAUGGCUCACCAGAGGAGACAACUUGAACAACUGCACAAGAAGCUGCCCAACAACCCCACACUAUUGCUGACCACAGACCAGGAUCUGAGUGCUUCCACCAAAGGCCUCUCCAGCACACUGAGUUUUCCAUCUCCCAUCAGGACAUUGCCUGGGCACAGGAGUGUGGACACGACUGCUUCAAUGGAGCUCCAUGCCAAACUGCUGGUGCUGAAGCACAGGGCACAGCAGGACCGCAAUUUCCUGGAGGAUGAGCAGCUCUUCCUGGAGACCCUGAAGAAGGCGUCCUACAACACUUCACCUCUGUCAGUGUGAGGAGCCGUCUCCAUUCUCCUCUCGAGCUGUGUGUGCAUUGAGGACUGGGCUGUGCAAAUGGGGAGGUGGGGAAGGGAGGAAGGAAACAAGUAAUAAAUAAUGUCUGUUUAAAGAAUCUG